GUUGGCUCCGAUUUAUUGUAACGACAUAGAUAAGGUAUAACAAUGUUAUUAGAUACUAUUUUGCGUACCUCCCAUAGUUGGGUGACGUCACAUCCGUGGCGUGCUAGGCUGCUUUCCGUACCCAAUAUGAUUUUUCAUCUCAGAGACACCAAAUGCUUCAUACCAUACGUCUGCAACAACGUUGGCAGGAGCUGAAGGACAGAGAGAGCGCCGCCCGACAUCAUAACCAGGAGCUGAUGCAAAAGUUUGACACGGCUCAAGACACACUGAAAGAAAUGAUGGCCGCCACCGCUGCCAUGAAGUCGAUUCGGAUGGAGUAUGACCAGUUUCUUGUGGAGAGCUAUCCCUGCAGACAGAAACAACAGAAAGAGAAAUCACAAGUUCAUCACAAAACGAUGAUGGCAGAGUAUAUGAAGAUGUGUCUAAAAAGAGAAGAAGAAUAUGGGUCCACAUCUUCUGUUGGGAAAGCUUUAUAUUCACAUAGUCACGGCAGAGAGCCACAGAAAGAUGCUGUGACACAAGCAUACAAUGGCCAAGGGGGUUCUUAUCCAUCCUUUAUGGACUCUCCUUCUCGUUCCCAUUCAGACCAGACCAUGGCAACUUCUAUAUUCCCAUCGACUUUACUUCCACGUCCUCAGGGCUUCCAACUCCAGCAUCUCCUUUCCACCGUACCACAAAAUGCACCAGGAUGGGCUCUCGAUCAGGCGGACGGACCCCGGUCCUCCGUGGAGGACGCAGAGACAAGCAGCUACUCGAGGAGGAUGAGCGUUCAUUUAUCUCAAGAACUAGAUUUUAAACCAGUCCGCCUGUCCAGUGAGCAUGUUGAAAACAGAGGUGACAACACCAGCAGCAGCAGCAGUGUGUGCGGACGGACGAAGUGUGACAAGAAGAAGAAAAGAAACACCUCAGAGAAAAACAGAAGAACUUCGCAGAAAUCAUCGAGGACUUCUUCAUCUGUAGGGGCAAAGACAAUUGAGAGUGAAGCAUCAUCACACAAAGGCAGCACCAGCAGCAAAAUGAAGAGGAACAUCACGGCACUUGCUGGAUUACCGAUGACGACCCCUAACGAGACACGAGAGCGAGAAAGCCCAAAGAGCCGUUCUAUCAGCAGAACCCAAAGUGAACAUGAAGUGAGUCAGAGUCUCUUGAGACAGUCAGAUAGCAGCAGGGGCAAUUCACCAUCCCGAUCUGAGGAGUCGAGUGGUGGAAGCGACACAGCCGGAGGAAAGAAAGACAAUCAAGGACGGGAAGAAGACAAGGAGGCAGACAGCAAAAGUGAUGAGAAAGAAGAGAGUGAUAUGGAGGGGGACAGCGAGGAUGAAGAGGUGCCACCAGAAAAUGAGUGGGAGAAUGAGUCUGACAAAGACCGAGGAAGUGACGACGUUUCAGAAAAGCUGAAGAGGCAGAAUAAAGAGCAGGAUUCGGCUUUGCUGCAGGAUGAGGAAGAGCAUGAUGAUCAAAGCGAGGACGAGUCGGAAGAAGAGGAGCUAGCAGAGAGAGAUUCAGAUGACGUCAUCAUCUCACCUCAACAGAACAAGCCAAGGGUGCACUUCAUCCCGCAAGAGGCUUCUGAAGAUGACGAUGGCAACGAGGGAGCCACAACAGCAACAUCUGAUGAGGACUCAAGUGACCCUGGUGAUGAUGACAUUGAGAAUCUCCUAGCACCUCAUCCUCAGACAAGAGACGAAAAAGACAGGAAAACAGUCAAACGCAAUUGUACAACCCCAAAAGGUAUCAAAAAGAGCAAACAAAAAUGCAAACUUGACUUUUGUGGAUGUUCAUUCAGGUUUUCUUUGCUUUCCAGUGAUUUGCAAUGUGGAGAUUUUCCGAGGAGAAAAGCACACGGAACAACAAGGCGACUCUGAUGAGUUUGACCAUUUUUAUGACUGAUAGCUAUUAUUUAUUUUGUCUGUAGUACCUUCUCCUACAAGGAGCGUGCCUGCCUAAAAAGUGUGUGAUAGUCAUUUUUUUUUUAUUGCUAUGCAAAAGUGGCAUUGUCCAUUUUUGUAAAAUUAUACAUGUAUCAUUAUGUUUUGUUUUAAUUGAUGUUAUAGGGGCAAUAUGUACUAGUGGUAGUAGUAGUAUGCUCCCCCCCCCCCCAUUCCACUGAGACCAAAAUAUUAAAAUAAACACCAGUGUUUGGUCAA